AUGAUAGAACUAACAAAAAAGCUCGCUUCUUUUUAUCCAACGUAUGUAUUGGCAAUAGUCUCCAUAGGAUAUAUUUGUGGAGAAUUGGGUCAUUAUCUUAUAGGAGUAACUAGUAAAGCAAUAGCUCAAGAUUUGCAUUUUGGAGACAUAGCUUGCCAGUUAAAUUUAACAGAUGUCUAUUUAAGUGAACUGCCAGUAUUAUGUUCAACUGCCAACGAUUCAGAGACGUGUGCUUCCCUGGUGUUAAAUGGCACAAGAUACUGCGAAUGGACUUAUAAUGGGCUAGGUUUGGACUACCAGAUAUUGGCUGGACCAAGUUUUAUAGCUGUUUUCACAGUUGUUGGAGUUAUUAUGGGUUUAUUAGCUGAUAAAUUUAAUAGGGUAAGACUAUUAGCAGUUUGCACUGUGGUCUUUGGUAUUGCCAUUAUACUCAGCGGAAGCGUAAAGGAGUUUUGGCAACUAGUUCUUCUUCGUAUGGUUAUGGCGGCCGGAGAAUCAGGAUGUAAUCCUUUAGCUACUGGUAUACUUUCUGAUAUAUUCACUGAAGAAAAAAGAGCUUUAGUCAUGUCUGUUUUUAAUUGGGGUAUUUACGGAGGAUACGGCAUCGCUUUUCCUGUUGGACGAUACGUUCCACCAAUGAACACUUGGGGGUUAGGAUGGAGAGUAACCUACUACGGUGCUGGAAUAGUAGCGUUAAUUUUGGCUGUACUGACUUGGUUUACAUUGAAAGAACCCGCACGUACGUCUAUUGGGGAAGAUGCAAAUCAAAAUGGAGAUGCCAAAAAAAUAACAAUCUGGGAUGUUAUUGCAGAUCCAAGAGUUAUAUUGUUAUGUCUAGCAGCUUCUAUUAGACAUUGUGGAGGAAUGUGUUUUGCAUACAAUUGCGAUCUUUAUUAUCAAACUUAUUUUCCAGAUUAUGACUUGGGUUGGUGGUUGUUUGCUGUAACAAUUGUAAUAGGUUCCAUUGGUGUCGUAGUUGGUGGAGUAGUAUCGGACAAAAUUGUCGCUAAAAUGGGCAUCCGUUCAAGAUGCGUAGUUUUGGCAGUUAGUCAAAUCGUAGCUACACCUUUUGCCUUUGGUAGUGUCUACUGUAGUCCGGUGGGAGCUAUGAUUACUCUAGGCAUUUCCUACUUUUUCGCUGAAAUGUGGUUUGGAAUCCUUUUUGCCAUGGUCGUAGAGAUUGUUCCAUUGCAUGUAAGAUCAACAACUAUCGGAGUAUUUCUUUUUGUUAUGAAUAAUAUUGGAGGAAAUCUUCCUAUUGCCGUUGAACCUGUUUCUAAAUCUAUAGGAUAUAGGGAGAGUCUGUUCGUGUUCUACGUUGGAGCCUACGCCUUCAGUUCAAUUUUGUUCCUUCUCACGACGUUCCUUAUGGAAGGACCAAAGAAACCGGAACUCAGUCCACCAAAGAAUUUAACUGGACACGACAACGUGGUAUUCACGGGGGACGACGUACAUAUUCCCACAAUUACGUCGUUAGUGAGAAACACCAAAGCUAUGGAAAGAGAGAACCACCGACUUUAG